AUGUCAUUAUCAAAUUUUCAACUUAAUCUAAUUCAUCAAUUCAAACAAAUUGGACAAACUGUAGCACCAUUUGAAGAUGGUGGGAUUUUGAACUAUCUAUUUGAACCAAUUGUUAAAAACAGCAAUUUGUCAACUAAUUCAACUGAUAAUAAUAGUUCAAUAACAUUGCUCAAAUUAGUUGAGAUUAAUGAUACUUAUUCCUUUGUUAUUAGUAUGAUAGGUCAUAUGUUGUUUGACAGUCUUCAGAAUAUGAAUGUUUACAAUGUAGUAUCAAUAAAUCGAAAUGAAUACAAUUCUUCAUUGACAAACAGAACGUCCAAAAAUAUGACAAGGAAAUUUACUACAAUCAUAAUAGUUGAAUGUCUUUUUUUCCUAUUAUCUAUUAUACUAAGUAUGUCACAUUUUGUAUUGAUCUACUGUCCGUUUAGUUUUGGUCAAAAAACUCCUCUAAUUUACUCAAAGGAUUUUAAAUCCUCAAAGAUUUUGAAAAGCUCCAAUGUUAAUACUCUUUCAAAUGGUGAUAAAACAUUAGUCUAUGAUGUUGGAAAUUCUUUUGUCAAUGAACAACUGCCGAAUUCAUUAUCACCGGGAACAGUUGAAUGGGUUCAACAGUCGAAUGCAAGAAGGUUGUCGAUAAAUUCUUCUGAUAUUUACAUCAAUGAAGCAGCUGACAAACUUAAGCAGUUUGAUCAACCACCAAAGGAUUCUAUGGAUUCCUCAACCAUGACUAUAAGCAACUUCAGUGGGGCAAAUCAAGUUCCUAGAAAUCAAAUCGUUUUACCUAUAAUCAGUCCAUCUCAGUACAAUGCACGAAAGAAAAUGUAUAUUACUGUAAAAUUUAUAAUUUACACCUUAAUUUGUACACUCAUUUUCUUAUGUGUAAUCUGUUUCUAUGCAAUGGAGGCGACAUUUAUAAAUUUCACUCCGGAAACAACUGAAAAUUCAACAGAUAUGUUACACAAAACUUUUAAAAACGCAUUAUUGCAUGAAUUAUUCUAUAAACUACCAAUAUAUUUACAAGAAAUUAUCACACAAGGUCAAGAAGAAACUGAAAAAACAUUUCGGGUUGUUGAGAAAGAGAUUGAAAAACAGCUAUUAAUUACUGCUGACAAUAUAACUGAAUCUCUUUUGAAAUCAUAUAACCUGUUACCUGUGAUAGUUACAGCGGAUUCAAUUGCUCAAAGUUUAAAUGAAACAGCCUUAGCUAGUCAGAUAAUUAAUUCACAGCAAAUAGUACUUCAACAAGAAUUUAAUAGUUAUAUUGGUGAACUGAAAGGCUAUUCAAACAUAUUAAAUAAAUCUUUGAAUUUUGUUUGUGAACAAAUACAACAAAAUACUACAGAAAGUGUGAAAUGUAAAGAAUUACAGAUACAAAGCUCAGUUUUACUUUUGGAUGUUAAUACUCAACGUUUUGAGUUGGAAUCAAGUGGAAUUAUAGUAUUUUUAAUGCGAGAUUUAAAUAUCAAUUUGAAUACAAUCACAGAUCAAUUGAGUAUUGCAAAAAGUCGUUUAAAUGAAAAGAAGAGUGAAGUGAUACAAAAGAUGAAAUCAACUUUCAGUUUGGAGGAAUAUAAUAAACAGUUUACUUCUAUCUGGAAAACUUUACAAAAUAAUACUGUAGAUAAAGUUAAGUCUUUUCUUACCACUGAAAAACAACAAGAAAUUGAUAACAGUGUCAAUUUAACAUGUUAUAUCAUUUCUAUAAUUGGAUACAUAUUAAUUACUUUUGUGCUGUCAUCGAUUACAUUUUUAAUCACAUAUUGUAUAUUGUAUACAGUAGAUGCAUAUGAAAGAUAUUUAUUCAGUUUCAGAUUGAUCCGGAACUGGAUGACUCAAAACUAUUCAUUCUUCGGAUUCAAAGAUGUCAUAAUGGAGACUAUAGCUGACACAGAAUUAUGUCGUUAUGUGAGCACAGAUUCAGGAAUUGUAUUCACUGACUUAGUAUUGGACGUUUAUAUUCAGUACGAAUGGACAAAUUUAAUUUUGAAUAACAGUAAACUUUCCGAUGAAUCAACGAAUUUUAUAAAUUUACCGGCACCUAAACACGUUUUUUCAACAUUGCUUAAUAAAUGUCAAAGUUCAAUGUCCAAUAAUAGUCAGAAUUAUGGCUUAUUGAAACAACUGAACUACAGUGGUAUUAUAUGUUUCGAAAAAAUACUGUACUCACCUAAAUUACAAAAAAUAAUCAAAGAUGCAGAAAACUCAUCUGUGAAUGAAAUCGUGAAAAUGAAUUUUUCGGAGUUUAUACCUCCUGAUUUGGAUAGUUUAACUUCACUAGCUAGAAAGUUAUCGGUCUAUCUAGAUGGUAAAGACUAUAAGCCUUCCAUUCAAGAAAUCAUUAAAUUUACAACACUGAAACCGAAGAUACUAAAUUAUUUGGAAGAGAUGAGAAGAUUUGUUCAAUUCAAUGAUCCAAUUUAUAACGUAUUAGAUAUAGUUGAACAGAUUAACAAUUCAUAUGGAUUGAAGUUUUUUAAAAAUCUCAGUGCUGACCCACAGAGAUUGGAAGAGCCAAUUCGUCCACUAUUUGAAACAUCUGUCCAAUCUUUAUUGAAACAAGCUGAUAUCAUGUUAAAUGAUCAAUUUGAGCAAUUGUUUUCAAAAAUUUUACCUUGUAAUAAUUUAAAUAAGCUUUUACUUACUAUGACAAAUACAUUCUGUGACAGAAAAUACAGCAUAAUUUUAUGCUUAGGAAGUUACAUAUUAUUUAUCUGCAUAACCUAUUUUUUACUGCUUAUCAUACUGCUGAUAUUUGUAAUUUAUGCUAGGAAACAUACUGAGCUUGUUAUGUAUACAAAAUGGGAAAAUAUUCCUUUACACCAAUCUGUUGAACUAUGUCACAAACUACUUACAAAUAAUUAAUCGAAAGAAAAUUCUUACUUCUGCAUAUAUUUACAAUCUCAUUGUGUUUUAUUUUGCGCUUGAUUGAGCGCAGUAGCUAUUACAUGAGCCGUUACUAAGAUAAUGUGAUAUACUCUAGUAGAGCUUUGUGUAUCUUCCUCAGCAGCAAUCAG